UCAUCGGCGGCCUUGCGGGGCGUAAGGGUGCUGCUAUGGCUUCUAGUGCGGUCGGCGUGAACCCUGGCGGCUCGGCUAAUGAAGCUCCCGAAAUUCCAGACAACGUGGGAGAUUGGCUUCGGGGCGUCUACCGCUUCGCCACCGAUAGGAAUGACUUUCGGAGGAACUUGAUCCUCAAUUUGGGACUUUUCGCUGCGGGAGUUUGGCUGGCCAGGAAUUUGAGUGACAUUGACCUGAUGGCACCUCAGCCAGGGGUGUAGCUGAAUAGACACAUGGAACCCGUGCUGUACUUGAACCUUCCAAAAACAGAACCUCCAAUCUGUGAUCGUCACAAGACUUGCCCUGAUGGCAGCUGAAGUCUGAUUCAGACGGGCACCUUCCCUUCUGUGCCUGAUUUGCUUUUCUUCACUGAGUCCACUCCAUUUUCUGGUCAGUAGUCAGGCUUCAGCUAAAGUGUUGUCCUCUCCUUAAAGUUCUGUACAUAGUUCCCAAGUUUCUGCAGGGGGUGAUCUGUGCUCUUGUUUUGAGGAAUAACCUAAUAAUAUUUUAAUAGUGAAUUUGAAAUAAAGACUGCAUACAAAGACA